UAACUGCAGUUUAUUGUUGUCCACAUAUGAGUUUCUGAGAUUUUGUUUUUCCUUCUCACUUCCCAAUCCUAUUCAAAACCACUUCACUAUCUCACUAUCUGUAUAUCAUUAUCAACCAUUAAGUUCAACACCUCAAACAUACAUCCUCAUGGCUUCAUCUUAUACCAAUAUAUCAAACAUUAAAGUCUUCGCUGAAUCAAACGGAGCCUCUCCCAUCCCUUCCAUUUACCAUUCCGUUACAGAUACUCAUGAUGUUGCAGACCACCUUGCAGCUUCCUUUCCCGUCAUUGAUUUCUCUCUCCUCGCAUCAGAUGAUCCUCAAAUCCACACCAAAGUUGUUGAUGAACUCGCCAAGGCUUGCGCUGACUGGGGUUUCUUCAUGCUCACAAACCAUGGAAUUCCCGAGAGUCUAAUGAAAGAGUUGAUGAAAAUAUCUAAAGAGUUUCACGAUUUGCCGGUGGAAGAAAAGAAUGAGUAUCAAGACAAUGGCGAUACUUUCGCACCCAUCAGGCAUGGUACCAGUAUCUAUCCUCCUGUGGAGAAUGUUCAUUAUUGGAGAGAUUUUCUCAAAGUUUUUACAUCUCCACAAUUCUAUUUCCCCGACAAACCACCAGGCUACAGGGAGGCUGCUUUCGAGUAUAGCGAAAAAAUCAAGGCUAUAGCGAGGAAAUUAAUGCAAGGAAUAUCAGAGAGUUUGGGAUUAGAAUCCAAUUCUAUAAUUGAUUCCACUGGUUUUGAUUCUGGCUUACAUUUCUUGGUUGUGAACAUGUACCCUCCUUGUCCACAACCAGAACUUGCUCUGGGCUUGCCUACACAUUCUGAUGUUGGUUUCUUAGCCAUGUUUAUUGAGAAUGGACUUGGAGGACUUCAAGUUAAAUACAAGGGCAAAUGGGUCAAUGUCAAACCCAUUCCCAAUUCUCUAGUUGUCAACAUUGGAGAUCAACUUGAGGCUGUGAGUAAUGGGAGGUAUUUAAGUGCAUUACAUCGUGCAAUCCUGAACAAUAAGGGCACUAGGAUUAGUAUUGUAGUGUUUAAUGGACCUGCAGAAGAUAAGGAAAUUGGACCUGCCCCUCAACUGUUGGAGAAAGAAAAGCCAUUGUUUAAAACUAUUAAGUAUCGUGAUUAUUUCUUAGUUCAACAGAAGUCGCGAUUUUCAGAGGAAAGGGCUUUGGACCAAUUUCGGUAUAGUGCUUAAUUGAUGAUAUGGUUGAAAUUGGAAGAAUAUGAAUAUUGAAUGUGGUGGUGGAUUUCUCUUUUUUUGGUUUUAUUGGACAAGUCCAUGUCGUCGUCAUUUCAUGUAAUCUAAGUUUUUUUUAGAUUUUUCGUAUCUACUAGAUUUUAUUUUAUUCUGCGAAUAUUCUGAUUUUAUUUGACAUUUUUUUUCGCAUUGAAAGCAUAUUGAUAUGAAGGUUAAUCUUUUUUUAUUUUGUUUCUA